UUUGCUUCUUGAAGCUCUCCGGCAGCCGGCUGUUCUUGGUGCCUUUUUUUUUUUAAGUUGGUUUUGCGCCAUUUAGGGUAAUAUCAAGAUGUCCAGCAGCGUUCCAGCUGAUAUGAUAAAUUUGCGCCUCAUCUUGGUAAGUGGGAAAACAAAAGAGUUCCUAUUUUCACCAAAUGACUCUGCUGCAGAUAUUGCAAAGCAUGUGUAUGAUAACUGGCCGAUGGAUUGGGAAGAAGAACAAGUCAGCAGUCCAAAUAUCUUGCGGCUUAUUUAUCAAGGGAGGUUUCUUCAUGGCAAUGUGACAUUAGGAGCGUUAAAACUUCCUUUUGGCAAAACAACAGUGAUGCAUUUGGUGGCUAGAGAGACGCUGCCAGAGCCAAACUCUCAAGGUCAAAGGAACCGUGAAAAAACUGGAGAAAGCAAUUGCUGUGUAAUUCUGUAAACCCUGUUAGCUUUACCUGCUAAGUGUGAUGUAAUAUAGUCUUUGUCUUUCAUGCUGCUGGAAUAGAAGAGGCCCUACCUUGCUUCAGAGACCUGUAGGAAGAGCCUGUCUGUAAAUCCAUGGAACUGAAAUAUUACAUGAACACUGUCUCAUUACUCUUUUUUGGUUUUUAAGAGAAAGAUCUAUGAACACUUUCAUUGUUUGUUUUCUUUUUUAAAUUCCUACUUUUUGUUUGUUGAAUAAUCUUACAGUACAUCAGUUCUUGGAAGAAUUCAAUCUUCAGGAAAGUUAAAGUGUUCUUUUCCAUAGCAGGAAUCAUUUUGCUGCCACAAAAAUCUCCAUUAACCAGAUCUAACCAGUCAAGCUUUCUAGAUGCAAUUUGCACUAAAUAUGGUUGACAGUAUAUUUCUCAUCAACAAUCUCUAACAAUAUUGGAGACACCUAGUGAUAACCCACAAUGUAUAAUGCAACACUGGAAAGUAGUAUAAUUAAAACAAAUCUCACUUAUGGCCAAAUCAAAAGAAAAACUGUUAAGUCAGUUGUAGCUAAGUCAACCUUGGUGGCCGAACUGGCACAGAAUAAUAACUAAAGCAAGUCUAACUCUAUAUAUUUUCACUGCAACAAACAAAA